CUUACUCUUUCUCUCUCUCUCCACACACACACACUCGUUUCUACAAACGGAACACACACAAUGCCCGCUGCAUAUGGAGCUAUACCUGCUUCUGCUUCUCCUCGCUUGAGAAACGUCUCUCGCUCAGACUCUGACGCUGGAUUCAUAUUCGGUCCUCCUCCUCCCUCUUGGUCAACUUCCCUUCGCUACAUUUUCUUAUCAAACUGGAUCAAUAUUCUUCUCAUCUUUUGUCCUCUUGGCAUCCUCUCGGGAAUAUUGGACUGGCCAGAUGCAUUGACUUUUGCUUUUAAUUUCAUGGCUCUCUUGCCCAUGGCCAAGCUUCUUGGUCUCGCAACAGAGGAACUCGCUCUCAGGACAAACGAGACAAUUGGGGGACUCUUGAAUGCCACAUUUGGAAACGCUGUCGAAUUGAUUGUCGGUCUCAUUGCUCUCCACAAUGGCUUGAUUACAGUCGUUCAAGCAAGUUUAUUGGGGAGUAUCCUCUCCAAUCUGCUCUUGGUCCUAGGUGCAUCCUUUCUCGCAGGUGGUCUCUAUUUCAAGAAUCAGAGGUUUAACGUGACUGCUGCCCAGACCAGUGCUUCGCUGCUUUGCAUAGCGGUGCUGGCGUUUGUCGUUCCAGCGGCAUUCCAAUUCACUAUUGCGGGCAAGGACACGGCCGACGUUCUCCUCUUGGAACUGUCCCGGGGCACCGCUCUCGUCCUGUUUAUCAUUUACAUUCUCUUUUUAUACUUUCAACUCAAGACGCAUCACGAGUUUUUCACUGCAGAAGAGGGCGAGGAUGCUCAAACAGAAGAACCCAAUAUUACACUCCCCGCCGCCGUCACCCUCCUCCUCUCUGUCACUGUCCUCGUGUCAGUCUGCGGAGAGUACCUCGUCGGAUCCAUUGAAACUGUCUCUGAACAAUGGCACCUGAGUCAAACCUUUGUCGGUCUCAUCCUCCUUCCCAUUGUCGGUAAUGCCGCAGAACACGUUACAGCCGUUUCGGUCGCCAUGAAGGAUAAAAUGGAUCUCGUGAUUGGCGUUGCUAUUGGGAGUUCCAUGCAGAUUGCCUUGCUCGUUACGCCCAUUUGUGUCAUUUUCGGGUGGAUAUGGAAUCAACCGCUUUCCUUGGCUUUUUCGGCCUUUGAGACCAGUGUCAUGUUUGUUUCAAUCUUUGUCGUCAAUUCGGUUAUUUCGGACGGUCAGACCAAUUGGUUGGAAGGCGUCAUGCUUCUCGGUGCCUACAUUGUCAUUGCCUGGGCAUUUUAUGUCAUGCCCAAUUCCCUGUAAAACAAGACAUGUUACUUUUUGGUUUUUGUAUCUAAUUCAUACUAGUGGACUUGAAGUGCGUACUGGUCAUUGACAUAGUGGCAGGGAUUCUUGUUUUUGCUUCUGGU